GGAGCUGAAGCCGGGAAACACUGUAACAAGAGUGCUUGCAUGGAUCACCACUGUUGAAGAUGAUAGCCCGCGUACUGGUUUGUAAAAUAACACGUAGCAACCGUUAAAGGCUACGUAGACACGGGAAAUUCCCAUCCUUUUACACCACAGACACUGUAAAGUGUAUGCAGUGGACCAAAGGCUCUUACUUACCUCGCGCUCCUCAUUUAUCAGGAAGUGCGCAUGGUUCACCAAGUUUGCGUCACACGCGGAGACUGCAGAGGUUACCUAUGCUGGUCCCCUGAGUUGAAAUAUUACAGGAAAAUCCUUGAAAGUUCCACGAAGCGCAACACAUUGUCUUUGCCGUGACACAGAACACGCCGGCGACACCCAACUGCAUGGUUUCCACGAGCAAUGCUAUAUUUUUCUUCUGACUCUUGGAAUCUCUUUCGGACGCCUCGCCGGUAGUUUGUGCCGCUCAUCGCUUGGGAGACGGCCUGAAGACAGCGUGAAAACAACAUCAAGGGCUGUGACCGACUUUGUUCGCGUCUCUGUGGCGGCCGGUCGCAUGCUUGAGCCUCAGUAAAAACCUUGGCUGCGUUGACGAGUGGGCGGCGGUCCAGAGGACACGACAGCGAGCUGAUGGCUGGCGGAAUAAUGGUGAAUUCAAAUCGACUAAGGUUAGGGCCCCGUUUUAGAGUCACAUUUCCUCUGGAUACGCUGAAGAAAGUGGAGGAUUUCGCUUUUCUUUGUGAGGAGCGAGGGAAGCGUCAUGUCUUUGUUGUUUCUCUACCCUGCGAGAAUCGUUUAACCGUUCAUUGUCUGCAGCCCAUACCGCUACCUUGUGUCUUCCAAAGCCGUUGGAGAGUCGUAUGUUUUCUCUCUGCGAGUUGAAUCGUUCUCGAGACACAAACCGCUACCCCAUUCCCAGACGCCAAAAGAGGUGGAAAAAACGGCAAAAUCUUCUUCUGAUCUCUCGUUCGGCGAUUGUUUGUUCUGUUGUCUCUACUUGCGCUUUUCAUGAGGAGGAGCAUCAUUUGGGAUCUCCCCGCCAGUGCCAGAAGACUUUUCCUUUGAGUCUUCAGAGGCGCCAUGGCAGAAUUCACUUGGCGGCCCCUUUUAAUGUCUUUACCGAAGAUGAUCGCUUUCUUCCAUAUCCUGCUCUUCUCGGGCGCUCUGGCUGCGGCUGCAGGUUCUCCUGCUGCCGAUCUGGUCGCCAGCGUCCAAACAGUUUCAAAUGAACGCAAGGACCUUUAUGCGAGGGAUACUCAACCGACUGCGAGGACUGGCAUUGACAUCGGUGUUUCCUUCACACAGCAGGCUAGCGGAAACGCUCGGACAUUUGAAAUUCGUCAGCAUGGAUCCGGUCCCCCCAGACCUGCGCCGAGACGCGCCGCCGCUGUAGCGGAUGACAUUUUUGGUUCGGAGGACUUUUCGCCUCCCCCCAUGAAUGUUGCAGGUGCUCCUUUGCGGGACAUGGGUGUACACUUUUUGGAGUGCCAGGCCACUGAUGGCAAGAUCGAGUGCACUGGACAAGGCGCUGGGGCGAGGCCGCCGUUUUUCCGCGGCGGCGUUGACCCGACAGAAAUACAUGAGAUCGUGCAGUCCAGGACCGUCGGUCCUGCAGACUACGAUGAAGAACGACCAGAACAAACACCGGACUACCUAUCUCCCACUGAUGUCGUCACCCUGCAGCGGUUCGUGUCCUCCGCAAACGCCUCCAACUCCCCACUUCUGGAAGACCCUGUUCAAGUAUGCCUGUCUCGAAGAAAGCCUACGUACACGUGCCACCUCCUUCAUGAAUUCGCAGCUACAUCCGUGAUCGUCGAGGAAUCUGGCAACCUAGUAUGUGAAGAUAAGGCACCCUUGACAGUUGCAGAAAAGAGAAAAAUCAACGACGCUGUGAAAGCCGGACGGACUCCUCAGGCCACUGGUGGACAAUCAUCCCGUCCCCCAAACCCGACGGUGUCCCCUUCGAAAGCAGGCGCAGCGCCGCAAAACGCCGCGUCGCGUCAACCAGUAAGCUUUGUGGAACAGGAAAACAGCGAAGCCUCUAUGCCUACGGCAAACACCGAACAAGCAUCUGCUACUACGGAAGAUACCAAGAUAGCAUCUGCUGCUACGGAUAGUGGAGACUACGGAGAAGCGGCAGCAGGAGAAAGCGCUCAAGAAGGCGAUCGCCCUCCACCGUACAAUCCUGAUGCAGACGAGGCAGGGGUCCCACGUGCAGUUCAAGAAGCCUAUGAAGAAGCUCGCCCCCUCCAGGAAGCUACCAUUGACAAAUUUAAGCAAGACGCCGCUGCAGCGGCUGAGGCAGCCGACCACUUUGCGCAGGUCUCUGCGUUUAACGCAAUGCAGUCUGCGUUGACGAAGAUUUCCGCUGGCUACCACCUUCGUGCUGGCUCCCACGUCGUCUUGAGCGCCUGCAAGCGUCUCGUCGAAGCCGUUGCGGCAAACCCUCCCGGUCCGGGCACUGUCAUUCCACUGGAAGAGCUUCGGAUGCAGCUCGUGGCAACCUUGACGCAGGACUUCGCCUUGGCUCAGGCCUUUAUCGACUAUGCGAUCCAUAUCGUCCACAGCGCGAUCGAAACCCUAACUCCUCAGAUGGUAGCCAACGCGCUGCUCGAGCUCUCAGGAAUCGAAGAGCUGAUUAAUCACACAGCCAGAGUAAAAUCUCGACUGGCUGCGCGUGGGCAAGAUUCUCCUGCAAACGUCAGGAAAGAAAUUGUCCAGGAAUCCUUCAGACAACUCAAAGUGGAGCUCUUUCAGGAAAUUGUCACUAGAGUUUGUGAACUUAUGGACGACCCUGAGUCGUUUUUAAAGACAGUACCCAUCAUCGUUGGCACAACGCCCACGGCACCGCUGCGCACAGGAGGCCAUCUCGGAGCGGACUACAUCAUUCACUUGAGAAACGACCUUUGCGAUGUCACAGCAAGUGAUGCUCAAAUCUUUCCAUCGGCCCCAGCGGACGAAGGCCUUCAGGGUUUCCCGAGACACAAUCUGGGGGAGCGCCUCGUGGGAUGGAUGGACGUCAUGGCUCGUACGAAGACGGCGAGGAAGGAAGUCUUCAAGAUUAUUGAUUUUACAAAAGCAAAAGAUGUUUUGCUUUUCGCUUCGGAAACGUGGAAGGCCCGGUACGCGACCCUGCAGGCCCCGGCUGCACCUGCUCCGAGCUUCUAUGGCAUCACCACUAGCGGGUGCCGGAAUGUGAAUGACAUAAUGAAGUCUAAAUUCUUCGACAUGUAUCUUCAUCAGUCCGGUUUCAUGAAACUCCAGCGACACGGAAACGACAACUCGCGACAGAGAUUCAUGCACAGAGUUACGCUGCUGCAAAACGACGGGAUCCUUCCUCAACUGCCCCUUGAAGCUGACUACGAGCUUAUGGAGCUCAAUGCAGCGAUGCAGAAGAAUUUCGUUGCAGCCAAUAAAAGCAUUUUUUCUAGAAGAGCGGCGCGCCAUUCGAAGUACGGCUACCUGGACCUGUGCGACGUGGCUUGCUAUCAAAAGAUUGACAGGCUUCACAACGAUGUCAUGACUAAUGUCUUUUUCUCGUUGGACACCACGCUCAUGAAGAUCGUCGCUAAGGUCCACAGGUCAUACGGAAUUGCAAAAGCCUUUUUCCAACUUGGAGCCAGACAACAGCACAUCGCCGACCCGAAUCUCGGCAUGUGGGCACGGCGUCUCUUCGUCCACUGGGCGUCGCAUAACGAGGUCAAGCAGAUGCAGGGCCAAAAAGUCGUGAAGGUCAAUUACGAAAACCUUCGCCAUGGCGAAUUCACUCUCGACACGGUUCGAAUGCGGGACGCGCUCGUCCGCUACACCAACAUGUUGAAAGCCGACCCGAUCACUCGGGAUCUCAUGAGCCUCGUCAUCCAUACUUGGAUUCACAUCAGAGGAGUCAGGAAUGCGGCCAUGGGCUUCAAGAACUCGCAGAAACUCAACGAAUCAAUGAAUGCGUCUGCCAUUGGGGCCGUCUUUGCGAAGCUGUGGUAUGAAUCUGACAUUUCCGUCGUCGCACCGCACCAGGAGCUGAAGCCGUUCGGGGCACCAUUGGCUUCGAUGGCUCUCCAGAUUGGUUUCUUCCUCCACACUGUCGUUGAGGAGUACAAGAUGUCGCUUUUAGAGAAAGCCGGAGCUCAGAUCAAAUCGUGGUUCGUGGGAAUGUUCCAAAAAAACAAGCGCCGAACGGUUCCCCGGACCUGGAAGGCAGUCGUGGCAGCAACAAAUCGGGCCCCUAAAGUGAACCUAAAGGCUUACCAGGGCGCUCUCUUAGUGAUCAAAACUCUCGCAAAAAUGUUCCGUGAGAGGUUCCUCUACAGAUUCUACAUGCAGGGCCAGGGCAGCAAAGUCGACUUUAACACUCCCACGCUUCUUAUCCACGCUCUCGUCGCUUCUUGGAUGGACCCCUCCCUCGACCGUCUGGAGUUGUCAAGUCGAACCAUUCCUAAUGCCAAGAAACUUUUCUGGUACUACGUGUGGGUCAACGAGAAUGGCCCGUCGAACGCCGCCACACGAAUCGUGCUGACGGGUUGCAAGAAGUACACUUUCCUGCUCCCGGGCGUUGUCCGAAGCGUGACGAGCAGCACAAGCGAAGUCGUAGAGGCGGGUUCCAAUAUUUUGAAGAUUGAUAAGAUUAUCCUCAAGCGAAGCUCACUUGAGGCAUAUAUGAAUCACCUCCAAGCGACGUAUGACGACCCACUGACGAUCGUCCAGGUUGCCCUCGAUUUGGCGGCGAGAUGCGAGGGGUACUCAGCAGCCAAAGAUCAGCCUGCGCAGGCCAUGAGAGGGCCUGCCAGGGUGCGACGAGCAACUGGAGAAUCCACCACCUUUACCAUCAGAGGUGGUGGCGUCCAGGGUGGCACCAUGUCUUUUGUCGAAGCGGAAGCUGACGACGAACGGAAAGAAGACAGCGAAGACAACACCGUUGACUUGAGCGAGCAAGAUCAAGACAGCAGCUUUGUUCAACUCAAGAAAUUGUUCAACAGACGGGGGAGUUCAGCUGCAGGACAGGCGGUACAAACAGAUGCACAGCCUCUACCAAAAGCGGUACAAACAGAUGCACAGCCUCUACCAAAAGUUCGACGCGGGGGCCCAGACGUCGAUGCUAGUGCUGUGAUCCUCGGGUCACGAUUUAUGCUGGAUCUGUGGUGCAGCAAAUACCGAAAAAUGCUUGUGGAAAAGCUCUCGGGCAUCAGUACGAAGGAUGCCACCGUGAUGCAGCAGGAGAUUUCCAAGGUGUUCAGUGCUGUUUCCUCCAUUAAAAUUGCCAUCCCCGACUACAAAGACCUCUGGGACUUCUCUCUCCGGUGCGACUGGAUGGAUGGGUACCCAGACGCAGAGAAAAUGCGAGCGGCUCGAGCAGAAAUGGUAACGUACGCUAUGGCGAAGGCAAGCACCGGGAAGAGGCUGAAGCGGAUGUUGCAGAAGGUCAGGUCUUGGAUAAGGAAAAAAGCAUUCGCUGCUGCGAGGAAAUUGAAGUCCCUCAAGAACCGAAUUAGCACCGCCUUUGGACGGGGCAAGCCUCCCAAGGCCAAGGUGCCCGACUGGGCAGUCGUAAACGCUGGGAUGGGAAUGUGGACCGGCAAAGUCUUCAGCACACAUUUGACCUUCAACGAAGACGAAAUGUCUUGCAACGGGCCACACGAGCCCAUCCGCGUCAUGUCUUGGAAGCAAAAUCAUUUCACAACCUUCGCGUCGUCAUCGACCAACGCUGAGCGUAACUACGUGCUCGUUAAGAAGGGAGACGAUAGCCACUGUUGGGCAACACGAGAGGCCCUCGUCCAUAAGGGUUGGUCCGGCAUUCCCGUGUACCAGUACGCAGAACCUGCUGGGUUCUGGUUGCAGGAAGUUUCUCCUAGCAACCAGCCCUUCGUCGUCAAUUGGGAUGGAUACCUAACUACCAGUGACAACCUAACGCUCCAGGAUAUUGACAUCAACGCGAGCUCGGAUAGCUUAAAGUCACAUGCUGUAAUGCGAAUCGUCGACUCAAAUGGAAAGACCAUCUAUCAGGGCCCGCCUACAGGGGUCGUGCAAACUCAGGGAGGGGUUGUGACUCUCGGUAGCAUCCGAAACCUCGUCUCGGGUGUCCACUCGACCGGCGAUAGCGUUGAAGUUAGAGUCACCGCUUCAGGCCCGCAGCUGACGAGUGUGGCGGAUCUCGAUACUCAGUUUAAAGAAAUCCCGGAUCUGGUUCUUCGGUAGAAAAACGCUGAGCGAUCUCUCGGCCGCUAGCUUGACUAUGGAAAUGUUUUUUUUUAUCUUUUGUGGGGAUCCCAAAGAAUCCUUAAACUAGGGAGCCGACUCCGGCGUGCCUGCGGACAGGCUUCUCAUCUGGUCAGGUAUAUAGGCAACGAAAGGGCGCGAUAUGCUCAGCGUGUGCCGAAAGAAAGUGAUGCUUUCUCACUUCCGGAACCCAUCUACGCUGUACAAAGUCUAACAUGUUUCACUGUGCAACUUCAUUCUCCUCUGGGGAAUGCAAAAGCACGACAGAAAUCGUUUUUUGCCUUCUUGGUCACGCAUGAAGCUGGAGAGUCUUUGAAAGUGCAUUUGCAUACGCGCAUCGGGUCCAGGGAAACGUAACUGAACGUCGCUUCUCGAUUUUGCCUCUUCUAUAAAAUGAUUGGUUUUUCUCUUCGUAACUCUUGCUUCACGGCCCCCCGCUGCUCGCUCAAAAUUGUCUCAGGAGGAAGUAGGAACCCCCUGGAGGCAGAAGAGUCUCCGACCUUCGUGUGUAUUGUGCCCCGUUUCGAGGUUCAGCUUGCCAAUCCAACCGUUAGCGUCUCCAAAUGUCAUUUGGUCACACUUGCAAACACGGAAAUAUACG